GAUUUGGCGGAAUUUUUAAAAGGCACAGAUGAAAGUGUUAAAAAAAAAUUUAUGAGCCUAUACAAUGAUCCUGACGUGCCAUCUGAAAUCGCAAGGCGAGAAAAGAUUCAUCUUCUCGCAGUAUCAUUGCUGACAUCUGAACAAUUAGAUGCCUAUAAUAAAUAUGCAACAUCAAUGAAACGUCGAACGUCGGCUUAUGCGGCUCGGCUUCGUCAACUAUCACCCACUGCUAGAGAAGCACUUUAUACGAUAGCGUUGAUUGCUCAAAAUUUAUCAAAAAAUGUGCGAAAUGAAUUAAAGAGAUUUGCUUUACGCAGAAAAUCAUUGGCGUAA